AUGGUGAGGGAGAUGGUCAGCAGAAGCCUUAAGUCUGAGCCAGCACACAUUUGUGGACCCCACUGCCUGGGCCCCUUGACCUUCCAUAAGGAUGUGAUGGGUGCCUUGGUGAGCCUGAGCCAGGGGGCCAGGCAGGCAGACAGGACUGGGGUCACCUUCAGACACGGCCUGGUUUUCAGCAGCCGCCCGGUACGGCCCCAGGAGAGGGUGCGUCUGCGAGUGGAGUUGUGCAAGCUGACCUGGCUUGGAGCCAUGCGUGUGGGCUUCACCAAUGUGCUUCCUAUUGCCAGAGCCCUGCCGUCCCUGGCCAUCCCAGACCUCACAGACCUCCCUGGCCACUGGGCCGCUCCUGUGCCUGAAACUUGCUGCCUGCCAGGCUCAGAGCUGGAGUUUUGGGUCUCCCAUGGCGGUAGAAUGUAUUUCAGGAAUGCCAACAGACAAGGACAUAGAUACAGUAUAUACUGUGAGAGCGUGGAGGACUAUGCGGUGUGUAUGAGCCAGAAGGCCUGUAUCAGCCUGCAGUGUGGCCACCAGUGCCUGUGUCUCCAGUGUGCCAUCAGCGUGAUCCAGGAGUUUGGAAACUGCCCUCUGUGUCGCCAGAACAUCAAGAGCUUCCUGCAAACUAAAUUACCCAGUAGGACUGACCCCAAUUACUCGAUUGGUCGAUUGUUUGGUCAUUAG